AACCUCAACAAGAAGAAACCUCAUUAAAUAUGGCUAUCAGCCAAGAAAGUGAUGAAAUAAACAGUACCACACUAGCAGAAAAAGAUCUUAUUAGUCUAGUCAAUGAAGUCAUGAACAGCACUGAAAAUGAUGCUUCUGCUAUAGAAAAUCUAGCUAUAG